GGUGUACGGAUAUGGACAGCUCACUGGAUUUAACUAAUUUACCACUGGGGGAUCUAGAUCGAUGUCGCAGAUUUGUGCUUUAUCACAAAGCAGCUUUACUACACAUUAUCCACCAACUGUCAGAGACAACAAAGAUACGUUUGAAGGAAGAAGCCUGGUGGCAUUUCUAGUUCAGACUGGUGUUGCAGAUAGUCCAGGAGAAGCUGUAAACCUUGCAGAUAGCUAUUUGAGGGGAAGAUUGAUUACUGGGGAGGAACACAUGCAUCCUUUUAGAGGAGGCAUCCUGACAUUUGAAGGAGACAGCACAAAAUACAUCUUAGUACCAGAUGAUGAGAUUCCUGAUUUCAGUGAGUUGUUACAAAACAGAGCUAUCCAAGAAAGACCCUUCUUCUACCUGGACUAGAACUGAGAGAGGAAUAAUUAAUUAAAUCGAGUUGAAAUUCCAUUACAUGAAAUUGAUGACAAAACAUUUUCUAAUUGGUUUGUUAAGAGACAUCACAUUGUUGUAAACUGCAGUAAGGACAUUCAAUAUCGAUGUGAGGUCAUCAAGUGCCACCAAGAAGCAUUCUGUGUUAAAUUGACUUAUUUGCCAUUAAUGCAAAUAACCCUAACUCUAGUCCCUAACCACACCUACAAGUGAUUCAUUUCGUGAUGAGUUCGGCCAGUCUCCUAUGUGUUCAAUAUUUACUUUUAAGGAUCUAAAAAACAACUUUUUAGGAAACUAAUUAUGAGCUGUGAAUAAUAGCUAAUAAUAAUAUUGGCAAUAUAUUUAUAUUAAUUGAUCGUUCUUUCAUGUUUAAUUACUAGUAGAAUAAUCUCUAUGCUGUUUCUUCAUACAAAU